AGGUAGCAAUGUAUGGGGGAUAUCAAGGAGCAUAUGGAGCCUACGGGAACCAGCAGGCGGCUUCACAACCAUAUCAACAGCAAGGACAACAGAAUUAUUACCCCGGAGUGAACCCGUACGCGGCGAAUUAUGGGUACGCGGCAGCACAGCUUCCACCACCACCUCCACCACCGCCAGUAGCCGAUCCAUACGCCGGCCAAUUUCAGACAUUUCCCUCUCAAGCCACCAAAAUAGCGCCGAAUCCCUACUUUAAAAAGCCACAAAAUCAGCAGCAACAGGGCUACGACGCGGCGGUCUACAAUUACGCUCAGCAGAAUACUCCGAAAAAUUGGAAACACGGCGGCGGCGGCCGGCAGGGGAGACAGGGAUCUGGCGAUAAUAAACAGUACUAUUGUGAGGUUUGCAAAAUCUCGUGCGCCGGCGGAAUCACAUACAAAGAGCAUCUGGAAGGUCAACGGCACAAGAAAAAAGAAGCUAUGGCAAAACAGGGCAUACCGAGCACUUCCCUCGCUAAAAAUAAGCUUUCCUAUCGUUGUGACCUAUGUGACGUCACUUGCACCGGUCAGGACACGUAUUCGGCUCACGUUCGUGGCGGAAAACACUUGAAAACUGCACAAUUGCACAAAAAAUUGGGAAAACCGGUGCCUGAAGACGUUCCGACGAUUAUUGCUCCGGGAGCCGAUGGGCCGACGGAGACGAAAGCCAAACCGAAAUGGCAUCAACAAGCUCUGCCUGGCGGGAAAAUAGUCAUCGGCAUCAACACGGUAAACUUCGUCGGCGGUACGAAGCUCAACUCCACCGGACAACUCGAGGAGAAGAAGCGCGAAGUUGCUGCCGCCGUGAGCUCAGUCGGCCGGAAAACCGGUGGUGCUGCUGCAACGACGACGAUUGAGGUGGAAGACGAGAAGCUCCGAGCAAUGAUCGCCGCCGAGGAGGUACAACCUGUCGGCGAGGAACAUGUCACUGAAGAACGUGAUGCUACCGGAAAACUGGUGCAAUUCCAUUGUAAACUGUGCGAUUGCAAGUUCUCCGAUCCGAAUGCCAAGGAGAUUCAUAUCAAAGGUCGUCGACAUCGUGUCAGCUAUCGGCAGAAGAUUGAUCCGACGUUGGUGGUGGAUGUGAAGCCAUCGAACAAAAGAUCACAGGAGAAGCGGAAGAAUCAGCUUCCAGCAGUUCAUGAGCCUCCGAGCUUCAUGAAAACGCCGUGGUUCGCCCCACCGGCUCCAGAAGGCCGGGAAUUCAAUAUAGUAGAUGAUAGAACUAUUAACGAAAAGUACGCCGGGCUUAAUCCGGGCGUCGAGUUCAUUUCCAAUGUGGAUCGCCUUAUUUCGGAUAUCAAUGAAUCGCUGAAGUAUGUGUCGGAUAAGAUCGAGCGAGACGUUCGGAAGAUCCCUGAAGACGUGGUGGAGCUUCCCACCACCACCACCACAACGGAGCAGCCGCCGCGGACAGUGUUGGGAUGCUCGAGAGUUGGAAUUAUUGCGAAGGGAACGUUCAUCAAAGGGGAUCGGUGUGCGGAGGUGGUUCUGACGUGUACGCCGGUGCCGACUUCGGGGCUUGUUGAGCAGAUUAGGCGGUUGUUUGGAGAGUCGACGACAUCUCUAACAAUUGAGCCGGAUCCCGAGUCCCCAUCAAGCCUUAUCGUCACAGCUAACUACUUUCCCAAUAUGAAAUGUCGUAUUCUAAUCACUUCAGCUGUAGUUAGAAAAGACGAUGAUAGUAUUGUAACUGGAUGUGCUGCUGAUAAGGAUUUGUGCAUUUAUGCGCUCGCUUCUAUUCGGAAUACAAAGUGGUAUGAUAGUCACUGCCAAUACUUGAACUCGUGCCAAUCAGUUAUUCGACUGCUCCGAGAUUUGCGAAAUAAAUAUCCUGAAGUUGCGUGUCUUGAUGAUUAUAAAAUGGAGCUAAUCGUCUCGAACAUUAUCGAUUCAUCUCCAAUGUCACUUGGACUAUCCGAUGCGUUUAAGCGAAUUGUCGAAGCACUUGCAUCUGGAUAUUUGUAUUCUGCAAUCCUAAGCGAUCCGUGUGAGACGUCUCGUCCGAACGUUCUCGAUGCUUUAACCGACGAGCAGAAGCAUUCGUUGACCGCCCUGGCACAGAAUUUUGUUCGGCAAAUUGCAUUCAAUCAGAUACAUGAGAUUCUCGGAAUCGAUCGUCUUCAAGACACUAUUGAUCUACCAGAGGAUGCUCCGAUGCUCAAAAGACCACUGGAGAGCAAUGAAAAUGCUGAAAACGCAGAAAAUCUCGACGAUUCGCCAGUUUCCAAAAAGGAGAAGCUCGACGAGGAGCCCGCCGAUAUUUGAGCAUUUUUAUUUUAAAUUUGGUUUAAAUUAUUUAAUUUUCCUCUAAUUUUCCUCAUCUCUGUGUUUUUUUCUAAUGUUUUUGGGUCCCGUAGCGAAAAAACGAAUGGCUCUCUUCGCGGUGAGACCUUGAAAUUUUUAUUUUUCUACUAUUACCUCCCCCUGCAAACGCGCUCUAUUGACGACAAUUCGCAAUGGAGCGCGAUUGCAUAUUUUGUUACUACAUUUUCCACACUCAUGUUCGAUCUUCCACUAGGGGAGGGUCUCGCAGAAGGAUUUUUUGAAAAAUUUAGAUUUUUUUUUGAAAAAUAUUCGAAACAAUUUUACGUUUUUCGAAAAAAGUCCUAAUUUAGCCUAAAAAAUCAAAAAUUGAUAGGAUUUUUGAAAAAAAUUCAAAAAAUCAAAAAAAAUUGCAAAAAUUUUUAUUUUUUUUUUUGAAGAAAAUUUUUUGUAAAAAUUUGAUUUUUUUGAAAAAGUUUGAAUUUUGAAUUUUUUGAAAAAUUCUAAAAAUUUUGAAUUUUUUGAAAAAAACUCAAAAUUUUUGGAAAAAUUUUGAAUUUUUUUGAAUAAAUUCAGAACUUUUUGAAAAAAUUCGAAUUUUUCUGAAAAAAACUCAAAAUUUUUGGAAAUAAUUGAAUUUUUUCGAAAAAAUUCGAGAAAAUUCCUAAUUUAGUCGGAAAAAAAUAUUAAAAAUUGAUACGAUUUUUGAAAAAUUUUCCCAAAAAUUCUAUAGAACUGUCCUGAAUUUCUAAAAAAAAUUCAAAAAAAAAACAAAGUUUUUUAGAAAUUUGCAAAUUUCUUUAAAAUUUUGGAAAAAAAUCUAUUUUUUGUUGAAAAGUCUGCAAUUUCUAAAAUUUUCCUAUUUUUUCUGCUAAAACCUGCAAAAAAGGACCCUCCCCCUAACUAUCUUGUUCCUCCAAAAACCGACAAUUCUUCUGUUUUUGUGUUAUAAUCGUCCUUUUUCUUGUUCAACAAAACAAAAAUUAAAAUAAAUUAGAAGAAACGGUAAAUU